AUGGAGAGUAUGCAACACAUGUCAGAGUUGGUGUUUAUGGUACUCUGUCGUAAACUGGGGUCCUCGGAACAAGUGACCAUGAGGAGAGAUAUUAGUGAUUUUAGGGAAAUGAUUUUGUCCAAUGAAACGAGAAGAGAUUUUCGUAUAAUAUGUAGUGGAAGUUAUAAAGAAGGAUUCAAACUUGAUGAGUCUGACAGGGACGCUAUGAUUUCGCUUGUUAACUAUCGAGUAAUUUGGAAUUUAUCUCAGAAUCAGAUUAAUUGCAGGCAGACAUUGUUUCUGGUGGACAGUUCCGAAAGCCCGCCUGGAUACACGUUGAUUCGAUUGCUCUCACCAUUCACAUUAACAAUGAAAAUCUGGGCAUCGCGCUUUGGACUUUAUGGAAAAAACUAUAUAUCUAGUUCAAAUUUUCGGGAAAAUAUGCGUUUUUCAUCCAGGCCAGAUUCCCACGUUCAUGGGCCAUGUAGGAGUGGAAAUUUCAAGGGAGUUGAAUUUGAUGAUGCUUACUCUUUUCCAAGUGAUGUAUGGCCUCCACCUGCCUUAGCAUGGAUCAAAAGAUGUCACUCGUGGCCUAGUUCCGGCGUAGUGGAUGAUAUUAUAAGAAAAGGAUGUCACUUUGUAGCAAUAGGGAACAAGCUAGGAAAUCACGAGGAAAAUGAAUGGAGAAUUUCAUUCGCUUACGCAGAACAAAAACUUGUGUACUCCAUGAACCAUUGCCAAUUCCUCACGUAUGAUUUACCCAAACUAAUCCUUAAAUAA